CCGACUCUCCUCUCUCCACUCUGACUUGUUCCCAUCUCCCCCAGUCAUGGCGGUGUCGGGGAGUCGCGGAGAUGGAGUAAACACCACCGUUUCCACAUCUUGAUCGCUUAUUUCCCUCUCCUCUUCCUCUUCCUCCUCCUCCUCCUCCUCCUCCCUGCCUCUCCCCGGCAGCCUCUCGCCGGAUCGUUACCUGCCGCCGUUGGAGCCAUCGGGUCCUUCCCGGCUUGGCUUGCCCAGCUUCCGACGAUGACCGAGCGCGGCGUUGAUCUGGCGGCUCUGCCGAAAGAGGUCAGGGACCAGCUGGCGGAGCUGGACCUGGAGCUGUCCGAAGGCGACAUCACUCAGAAGGGCUACGAGAAGAAGAGGACCAAACUCCUGGCUCCCUACAUAAUCCAAACUCCAGUGGCGCCCCCUCAGAAUGACGUACAGCCGCCUGCUCCCAGUUCGUCCAGCCACGCCCCCGCGCCUGCCAACUCGUCCCGCUACCGUGAACGUCGCUCUCGCAGGACGCAUCGUAACGGAGGAACCAGGGAUGACCGCUACAGAUCAGAUAUCCACACUGAGGCUGUCCAGGCUGCGCUCGCAAAAAACAAAGAGGAAAAAAUGGCACUUCCAAUGCCAACCAAGCGGCGCUCCACCUAUGUGCAGUCCCCCAUUGAGACCCGCACACCUCCAGACUCCUCGUCAGGAUCUGAAGACGAGCCAGCUGCUCGCAGACAGUCUUCAGUGGGAGCUCCCCAGCCACAGGUCCAUCCCAACCUGCAGAGCCCAGACUACUGGAUGAGCCGCACCACCCAGGGCUCCUCCACCUCCUCCUCCGCCUCCUCCACGCUGUCGCACGGAGAGGCCAAACCUCAGCCUCAGAGCCAGCCUCAGCCUCAGUAUAAGCCACAGUACCAGCCCUUGUAUCAGCCUCACCAUCAACCCCCGCCGCAGCCUCAGCAAAUCCCUCACCGCCAGCCUCCGGAGCAGAGCCGCGCUGCAGCCGUGACGGACAUGCUGGCUCACAGUCGCAUCGCUCCUUCUGAGAACAGCGCCCCCCCUCCAGAUGUGACGGCCGUGGCCCCCCCGUCCAGAGGCCAGCGGGUGGACCUGACGUCCAACGCCGUGGUCCGCGGGAUGAGCCGCGGGAACAGCCGCUCCAGCAUGAUGGAGACCGCUGACGGGAGAGGGAAUAUGCAGAGAGUUCCUGUAAGCAGCAGAGUUUCCACAAAGAUCCAGCAGCUGCUGAACACCCUGAAGCGGCCUAAGAGACCCCCGCUCAGUGACUUCUUCACUGAUGACUCUGAAGAGAUCGUCCAAGUGCCCCAGCCGGACCCCAACACGCCCAGGCCGGAGGGCCGUCAGAUCAUCCCAGUGAAAGGGGAGCCUCUGGGCGUGGUCAGCAACUGGCCACCAGCCCUGCAGGCGGCGUUGGCUCGUUGGGGGGCCACUCAGGCAAAAAGCCCCGCUCUCACUGCGUUGGACAUCACGGGCAAGCCCCUCUACACCCUGACUUACGGGAAGCUGUGGAGUCGCAGUGUGAAGCUGGCGUACACCCUCCUGAACAAGCUGGGCACCAAGAACGAGCAAAUCCUCAAACCGGGAGACAGAGUGGCGCUGGUGUACCCAAACAGCGACCCGGGCAUGUUCUGGGUGGCCUUCUACGGCUGCCUCCUGGCUGAAGUCAUACCCGUACCCAUAGAGGUGCCGCUGUCUCGCAAGGACGCCGGUAUCAGCCAGGUGGGCUUCCUGCUCGGCAGCUGUGGAGUUGGUCUGGCUCUGACGAGCGAGAUCUGCUUGAAGGGUCUGCCCAAGACCCCCACUGGUGAAAUAAUGCAAUUCAAAGGUUGGCCUCGAAUGAAGUGGGUGAUAACAGACUCUAAAUACCUGACCAAGCCGUCCAAAGACUGGCAGCCGCACAUCCCCACAGCCAACACGGAUCCUGCCUACAUCGAGUACAAGGCCAGCAAAGAAGGCACGGUGGUCGGUGUGGCGGUCUCUAAAGUGGCCAUGCUGACCCACUGUCAAGCUCUGACCCAGGCCUGCAACUACUGCGAGGGGGAAACGUUGGUGAACGUCCUCGACUUCAAAAAGGAUAUGGGCUUAUGGCAUGGUGUGCUCACUGCUGUAAUGAACAGGAUACACACCAUCAGUGUUCCCUACGCUGUGAUGAAAGCCUGUCCUCUCUCCUGGGUGCAGCGGGUCCACAUGAAUAAAGCUCGUGUCGCUUUGGUGAAGUGCCGUGAUCUGCACUGGGCCAUGAUGGCUCAUCGGGACCAGAGAGAUAUCAGCCUGGCUUCGCUACGAAUGCUCAUUGUUGCUGAUGGUGCUAACCCCUGGUCUGUCUCUUCCUGCGAUGCCUUCCUGAACCUGUUUCAGUCUCACGGACUAAAGCCUGAGGUUAUCUGCCCCUGUGCCGCCUCCCCUGAGGCCAUGACGGUAGCUAUACGCAGGCCGGGGGUCCCAGGUGCACCCCUCCCCGCACGUGCCAUCCUUUCUAUGGGCGGCCUGAGCUAUGGGGUCAUCCGGGUCAACACCGAGGACAAGAACUCUGCUCUGACCGUACAAGAUGUGGGACACGUCAUGCCUGGAGCUCUGAUGUGCAUAGUCAGGCCAGACGGACCUCCACAGCUGUGUAAAACCGACGAGAUAGGGGAGAUAAUCAUCAACUCCCGUGCCGGAGGCAUGAUGUACUACGGCCUGCCUGGACUCACCAAAAACACCUUUGAGGUGAUACCGGUUAACGCAAAUGGAGUUCCUAUAGGAGAAAUCCCGUUUGUGCGGUCAGGACUCCUGGGGUUUGUUGGCCCAGGCAGUCUGAUCUUUGUGGUGGGGAAGAUAGAAGGCUUGCUGAUGGUGAGCGGGCGGAGGCACAACGCUGACGACCUGGUGGCCACCGCUCUGGCUGUGGAGCCGGUUAAGACCGUGUACCGUGGAAGGAUCGCUGUGUUUUCAGUCACGGUGUUUUAUGACGAGAGGGUGGUAAUUGUCGCGGAGCAAAGGCCAGACGCCAGCGAGGAGGACAGCUUCCAGUGGAUGAGCCGAGUGCUUCAGGCCAUCGACAGCAUUCACCAGGUCGGCCUCUACUGUCUGGCUCUGGUCCCGGCCAACACCUUGCCCAAAACGCCCCUCGGCGGUAUCCACAUCUCCGACACCAAGCAGUUCUUCUUGGAUGGGACGUUGCACCCCUGCAACAUCCUCAUGUGUCCCCAUACGUGUGUCACUAACCUGCCAAAGCCCCGCCAGAAGCAGCCGGUCGGUGUAGGCCCCGCCUCCGUCAUGGUGGGCAACCUGGUGGCAGGGAAGCGGAUCGCCCAGGCCGUAGGGAGGGACCUCGGCAUGAUCGAAGACCAGGAUCUUGUCCGAAAGCUCUGUAUGUGGCCCACUGUGAUGCAUCAGUAUUUGACUGAAGCUCUUCAGUGGAGGGCCCAGACAGACCCAGACCACGUCCUCUAUGUGCUCCUAAACGCAAAGGGCGUAACGGUGGGGACGGCGACGUGCGUCCAGCUCCACAAGAGAGCGGAGAAGAUAGCGGCGGCCCUUUGCGAGAAAAGCAGCAUCAAUAAAGGGGAGAACGUUGUGCUGCUCUAUCCUCCUGGGAUCGAUUUGAUUGCGGCCUUCUACGGCUGCCUCUACGCUGGCUGUGUGCCGGUCAACGUCAGGCCUCCGCACCCUCAGAACCUGGCAGCCACUCUGCCCACUGUUCGGAUGAUCAUCGAUGUCAGUAAAGCUGCGUGCAUCCUCACAACACAGAACCUGAUGAGGACUCUGCGCUCCAAAGAGGCCGCAGCCUCUGUCAACAUCAAAACCUGGCCGACCAUCAUUGACACCGAUGACCUGCCUCGCCGCCGGCCUCCGCAGAUCUACAAGCCUCCCACGGCAGAGAUGAUCGCUUAUCUGGACUUCAGCGUCUCCACCACGGGCAUGCUCACUGGCGUCAAGAUCUCUCACGCAGCAGUCAGCGCCCUGUGUCGCUCCAUAAAGCUUCAGUGUGAGCUUUACUCCUCUCGCCAAAUAGCCAUCUGUCUGGAUCCUUACUGUGGUCUGGGCUUUGUCUUGUGGUGCCUUGCCAGCGUUUAUUCUGGUCACCAGUCCAUCCUGAUCCCUCCCUUUGAGCUGGAGAGCUGCUUGUCUCUGUGGCUGAGCACGCUCAGUCAGUACCGCAUCAGAGACACCUUCUGCUCCUACUCUGUGAUGGAGCUGUGCACUAAAGGACUGGGCACGCAGACCGAGCUGCUCAAGGCGCGCGGAGUGAACCUGUCGUGUGUGCGGAGCUGCGUGGUGAUAGCAGAGGAACGCCCUCGUCUCGCCCUCUCGCAGUCCUUCUCCAAGCUGUUUAAGGAUUUGGGACUGUCGCCCAGGGCCGUCAGCACGGCGUUUGGCUCCAGGGUUAACCUGGCGAUCUGCCUGCAGGGCACCACUGGUCCUGACCCCUGUACGGUGUAUGUGGACAUGAAGUCUCUGCGUCAUGACAGAGUGAGGCUGGUGGAGAGAGGAGCGCCUCAGAGUCUUCCUCUGAUGGAGUCUGGCAAGAUUCUUCCAGGUGUCAGGGUGAUCAUUGUGAAUCCGGAGACGAAAGGCCCACUCGGUGAUUCUCACCUGGGGGAGAUCUGGGUGAACAGCCCGCACAACGCCAGCGGCUACUACACUAUCUACGGAGAGGAGAGUCUUCAGGCCGACCACUUCAACACCAAGCUCAGCUUCGGAGACCCGCACACUUUAUGGGCCCGAACUGGAUACUUGGGUUUUGUAAAAAGGACAGAGCUGCUGGACGCAAGUGGAGAUCGGCAUGACGCUCUGUUUGUGGUGGGCUCUCUGGAUGAGACACUAGAGCUACGAGGGUUACGUUACCACCCCAUCGACAUCGAAACCUCCGUGUCAAGAGCUCACCGAAGCAUUGCUGAGAGUGCUGUGUUUACCUGGACCAACCUGCUGGUGGUGGUGUCGGAGCUGUGCGGCUCGGAGCAGGACGCCCUGGACCUGGUGCCCCUCAUCACAAACGUGGUCCUGGAGGGCCACCACCUCAUCGUGGGCGUGGUGGUGAUCGUCGACCCCGGCGUCAUACCCAUCAACUCCAGGGGAGAGAAGCAGCGCAUGCACCUCCGCGACUCGUUCCUCGCCGACCAGCUGGACCCCAUCUACGUCGCGUACAACAUGUGAGGCGCUCGUGGCCGCCCGGGUUCGGGUUUUGGAUGAGCACCAGCGACCGGUCUCGACGGGAGAGUGUGUGUGUGUGUGUGUGUGUGUGGAGCAGAAAAGCAUGAAGCACGUACGUGUACAGACACGCGGCCCUGUGUGACACCAGCAUAUCUUCACCACUGCAUGUCUGUGUUUGGGGUUGAGCACUGUGUUUUUUUUUAUAGAAACAGAGCAAUUUUGCAAACAAGGCAGGUAACAUGCGCGGCGAAAGGAAAAAGCAAAGCAAAGUUUCUGCUGCGUUUUUUUUUUUUUUUUAUGUUUUUUUUGGUGGAGAAAUGACAAAAUGAGGCAACAGGUCACUUUGAUAAUAAAAGCUGUCGUCCUUGUCUUAGUGGAAAGUCUGUCCCCCUUCCCCGUCCACGCAGAGCUACUAAUCCCAACACAACUUGAAGUAUUUUUGUACAUGCAGCUUUCAAGCAAACUCGCACACAAACGCUCGCCCUGAGCCCCUUUUCGUUUCAUUUCCCAGCAACGUGCAUAAGGGGGGCAAGCCAUGGGAACAGACCUCUUCCUCAGCCAGUGUGCAUAUUUAAAAAUCUAUUUCCCCUCCUCUUAUUGAAACCAAAUAGAUAUUCCCGCUUUGAUAUAUUUCCUGCCUUACAAAACUUCAGCCAUACAUUCCUAUCUUGACUUUUAUUGAAUUUGCUAUUAAUGGCUUCAUAUUCUUCCUCGAUCCGUGGAGCAAACGUUCUCACAGGUAUCCAAAAGGGAUGAGAACAAAAUAAAAGAGCCCAUAUUCUGUACUGUAACAACAAAAGGGGUCUCUUUGUAUUUUCGAUACUGUAUGUCACUGUAUAGAUAUUUCUAUUUGUAUAAAUGUAUAAUUGUUUUGCUCACCUCUCCCAGCUGCUCCUUUCUGAAUCAAUACCUGAGCUGGGAGGCUGUCACAGUAGCAGGAAUAAGGCUGUAAAUAAGAUAUACCGGUUAAAAAGGACUUUUGUUUGAGGAUAUUAGCUAUAUAAGGGACUAGAAGAUGAAUAACUUUCAAUCAUUGUGUGUCGGGAUGGAUAUAACGUUGCACUUUUUAAAGAGAAAAAAAAAUCUAUUUUAUUAUGACAAUAAGGCAUUAUGAGCAUAUGGUUCAGGAGCAUGUUAUUCUGAGCAGAGUAAUCCAAGUUUACUGGGAGGGCUAUCACUGUUAACGCAGGAACCUUCCCCCGUUGGUGUCGGUAAGGAAGGUUACGAAACUACUUAAAACGACUGUUUUCAGGCUGACGGGUUACAUUUUCACUGAAAAUCUGAAGGUUCGGUCCACUUCUGUUCAUCUCACAUCCAUGGCCACCAUGCUGGCAGAUAGACAUGAUCCUUUUUAGUUGUGUGAAACAUGGAGCGACAACAAGUUCAAACCUGGUUCCUCUCCACACCCAAAAGUUCAAACUGUAUUUUUUUUGUGUGUGUGUGUGUGCUUGUGUGUGUGUUUGUGCGAGUUUUUGUGCAACUUUUUGUAUAUAAUUGCUUUGAGCUCUAAAAGCAUUGUUGUUCGUACUGUAGCCAGCAGAAGGUAGUUCAACACGUGUCAUAACUUAUUUUCUGUAUUCAACCACUGGAAGUUGAAGCACUUGUGAAUGCACCUGCGAGGCUGAGCCACACGCAAGGCGCCAUCAAGAGGAAAAUAAAAUGCCAUCUGACGGAGAAGGGCAUAAAAAUACUGCGCUUCGUGAAAAUGCUCUGGCCAGAAGUUGACAUCCAUUCAUCGUACGCGCGAACGUCACAAUAAUUUGGGGUUCUGAUUUAAUUAUUUGAGCCGUUUAUAUUGAAUGGUAAUACGAGAAAUGGCUUUGAUUCAAUUUUACAUUUCAAAUUUACAUUUUAAAUUUAAGUUCAAAAAGAAUUGGGUGCACAAGUUUGAAUUUUCCCUAAAUCUACAUAAAAAAAGACUUAAAUAUAUUCACACUGCCUCAGUAAUAUUUGAUUAAGUGUCCUUGAGAAACUCACACCUCGACUGAGCUUUUGAUUGCCGUCUUCUUGGGAGAACCAGUAGGGUUUAUCUUAAUUGGUUUGUUUUUUCUGACACAGACCUUUUUAAGCCUAAUCUAACCAUUUUCAGUAGGUUGAAGACCAGAAGCUUAAUAUUAGUUUGCUGUAUUAAAUCCUAAACCACUUUAGAUGUGUUUGGGACCAUCGUCCUGUUGGAACACCCAGUUGUGUCCAUGUCUUAACCAUAUUGUUGCUGAUUUCUCCCCUCUUAGGACCAGUGUUCAGAUGUCAACAUUUGCAGCCCAAGCUAAAUUGCAAUCCUUUGUCUAUAGUCGCUUAUCCGUGUUGGUCGUGGUGGAGGGGUUAGUGCCCGUCUUCUCCUGGGACUGGGCAAGAGGCAGGGUACACACACGCUGGACAUGUUGCAGAUCCAUCACAGGGCAACAUAGAUAAAGAGGACAAACAGCGUGAACACACACACACACACUCAUACCUGAGGGCAAUUUAGAGUGAAUAACCUAUUAGUCAUGUUUUUGGACUGUGGGAGAACAAGUAAACCCUGUGCAGGCAGAACCCAGACAGUCCUUAGUGGCUUUUAUCGAACAGUAAUUCAACAGAAAAUGGAGUGAAGAGAGAAGGGGAAGACGUGCAGCGAAUGGCCCGCAACUGAACUCAGGACCACCACGUCGAGGACCAUAGCCUCGGUCACCUAUCAAAGCUAAGGUUAUACAAGAAGCCUGUUGACGGCUACAAAAAAAAAAAAGCAUUUGCCGAGGCAAAUGUGACUAAAUAUUAACGGGGUUGUGUGUAUAUUGUUAAACUUACAUUGAUUUGAUCCACUGCAGAUUAGGAAAACAUCUAUAAAAAUGCAAACUUGUGCACCUAUUUUUCUUUUGUUUGAGAUUGAAAUAUUUUUAUAAUUUUUCCACCGCUGAUGUAAUAAGUGUACCCAAGAUAAGUGUAUGUAAACAUCUGACCAGCAAUUAUGGGCUUUUCCUUGUGCUUUAACCUUUAAAGGUUCUUUGUAAUGGCUUGCACAGUAUUUCAGUGAUGAAACCUUUGUGUCAGCCUACAAUUGUUUUUCUUCUUCUUUAUUUAAUAUUGUCACCCUUUGCAGUUGCCCCAUUUUACCAUUCAAACAAGUCUCGCCAAAAUUUUGGAAAGAUUUGUAAACCUUAAAGAUAAUCACAGACGAACAUCUUAACAAUGCACUUUGCACUGUUCAAUAAUCUUCGGCACGUCCUCCUUCAGAUAAAACAUUUAGUGCCACAUUUUAGUCCAGCUCUGACAAAAAAAAAAGGGUCCAAUAGCACUUAAUUUUAGCUUUAACACUUUGUCUCACAGUCGCAGCAGAAUGUUGGCAUGACUCGGCCACGAAGGAACUGGCUCCAGGUACAUCCCAUAUUUGAUGCAGUAGGAGAGGUAAACCGGUAUGAGACUAAACUUUCAGGGAGUAAAACAGAACUGGACCUGAUGAGAGCAGGAUCCAUAAACUGGAUAUUUCACAAAAAUUAGUAUCUUUGUAACUUAUGGGAGAGCUGAGAUGACAACUAGAAUCCAUCUGCCUGCUUUGCUGGGAAGUCUACAAGGGCUUCUUUUGGUUCCUACUCUUUUAUUAUUAUUUUUUUUCAAACUUCAGAAUUCUUACACUAUGCAAUCCUAAUGAUGGUGCGAUGCGAUUUAAUUUCAAAGUUUGCACAGUAUGGAAAAAUAAACAUGAUGCUAAUUUUUUUAAAGACUAAGAGGAAUUAAUAAAAUCUACCCAGCACUUAAGAUUGCAUUCAUCUCUCUUGAGUUGUUUUGUCAAUAUUAUGUGUAUGCACUCUGAAUAUGUUGUAUAGUAAUUAAUCUGUGAAAUCUACAUUUGCUUCACGAGGGUUUAAUCCACUGUCUUUAGAGGGGUUUUAACUCAGUCUGUUAAAAGAUAUAGGUGGUACCAUUUUGCUUUCUUCCAUUUUGGUUUGUUGUACUUUGUUUUAUACUUAAUGUAUAAGUAAUGCAGAAUAAACAAACAUUUAAUCAUA